CGGCAUCCCUGCUGUCCCUUUUCCUUAUUCCCCGAAGUUUUUUGCACCUGCCCUUACAUUUUUGCAUCCCCCUCUUUUGACCGCGUUUGGCCUGCAGACAUUUCAUCUUACCGCAAUCGUUUGGAGGCACGAAUAUGGAUGGGACAUCAUGGAAGUCCCCUUUCUUCAUAUGUGUCGUCAUCGUGGCGGUUAUAUCGAUCAUAUUAUGCGUUGGCGGAUUCGUCUGGGCUCUCAAAGCGUGGGGCGGCGCCAGCGGGGGAGGGCUUCGACAUCCCUUUCGCUAUCUGUCACUCCUGACGGUCGUUUUCGCGAUAACAGGGCAAAUCCUCAAUGUCGUAGCCUCCGCGAUCGGUGUCGUCUGCGUGCGUGACCUCCGCUGUCAGCAGUGGACGUUCGACAGCGUGUGGAGCGCUUACUGGUGGACGACGGCGGCGUCCAAUUUCGGGUCGGACUUUGGAGGCGGACUCUACUUUUUGACGUUGGUGGAGCGCUUCGACAUGUUUAUUCCCGUGCUGGGAUGGUCCACCAAGAUUGUCCCGGGAUUGCGCAUCUGGGCCAUGUGCAUCUCAGUGCUGGGUUACACGGGCCAUUUCUUGUUGUGGGUCCCGUACAUGGUCGACCAUCCGACACUAAGAUGGGCGUUCGGCAGCUUUUUGUAUAUACAUUGGCUUGCCAUCAUCGUCGUGGAUGCGUCCCUCACCAUAAUCAUGGUGCAUACCUUCCGCCAGAUUCACCGCGAUCUCCCUCAAUGGUCAACGGCAAGCGAUCAGCCCGUACUCAGCAAGCACGGAGAUUCGAUAACAGCGUCCGCCACCUCUGCAAUGACGGGCCAAAGCAAAGAGCUGCAAGAACCGGUGAAUGUCCACGCACUGGGUCGCGAGCUGAUAGUGAUUGUAACUGCAUUGGUCGUCCUCGAUACGACCGCUCUCUUGAUGCAGAUGAUGCCAGUCCUGGGGUUUCUGGAGGAUACCGGCGACGAGUUGGCACUGCUAACCGGGUCAGCCGUGUGCAUACAUUUCCUGGUCGCCUUCUUCUUCUUGUCAAAGUUUAGCAAGUCGUUACUGCAACGUAGACCACGAUAGCGUAUGUAGAUUUAACGUCGAAGAUACUCAAAGCACACCAUCCCCAGAUCUAGCUAACAUUCCAAAGCACGUACGUAGUCGUUCCCUACGCCAACGCCUCUUUGAUGGCCU